AUGCGGGACGACGGCGGAGAGGGGAGGGACGGGGGUGGAGGGGGGCCCGACUGGGGGGGCGGGUCCCCGCCGGAUAGCUGCGAGCCGUGCAAGGCGGUGCGAUUCGAGCUGGGGCCUCGGGGCGACGACGGCAGCGGGGCGGACGCCAUGGAUCGGGGCCGGUCUUCCCAGAACUUGCCCGUUGCGCAGCCGGAUUCCGCGGAGCCGCCGGCCAACGCGAACGGCGGGCCGAAGGAUGCGGGCGCCCAUCCGGCAUGCCGCGAGGCCAACGGCAGCUCAUCUGGAGAGUGCACCUCCGGCGAGAGCAACGUGGGCGGGGAAGACCCGGAGGCCAGCUCCGCGGGGGAGCAGCGCGCCUUGAAGCGCGGAAGCGGGGAUGGGAUUCCGGCGGGUGAGCGGUGCGAUGCGGGCGGCACGGAGGGCGGUGGGCCUGAAGAGGAGAGGUUGGGGAUGGCCGGAGAGGAGGGGAUGGACGGCGAGGGGGAGAAGAAGGGCGGCCACGGCACCGCGGCGGGGGCGAAGGGGGGCGCCGAUCGGGGCAGCUUGCCCAGGCCGGAGUGCGGCGUGUCGUGCCCGCGGUGCGGCAGCGGCGACACCAAGUUCUGCUACUACAACAAUUACAACGUCAAGCAGCCGCGAUACCUGUGUAAGACGUGCGAGAGGUAUUGGACCGUGGGCGGCACGCUGAGGAACGUGCAGGUGGGGUCGGCGAGGCGGAAGAGCAAGUCCUGCUCGGCGAAGGACGAGCGGGCCGGCAAAGCGGGCUCCGGGAUGGAGCCCAUUCCCGGCCAGGCGGGCCUCCACUUGUACGGCCAGUUUCGCAACAUGCUGAUGGAGCCCAUGUUCGCCUAUGGCGGCAUGGUGAACGGCAAGGCGGGGCCCGUGCCCGGGCUGUCGAACUUCAGCUUCCCUUACGGGACUUCGGCAGCCCCGGCUGGAGGGGGGAUCGGUGGUGCGGGCGCCGCGACUGCCGAGGCGUCCGGCGUGGUUGAGCCCGGGAUGCAGGACCGCGUGGCGGCCAAGGCGGAUCCGGGUGGGGGCGGGCCCGACCUGGGCAGCGUGGACCAGGUGCAGGGCUCGUUCGUGUCCUCGGACGAGCAGACCAAGGUGCUGGUGGAGGGCGGCGUGGUGUCGGAGGACGGUAGCGUGGAGGGGAGGCGGCUGAAGAUGCGCACGGACUCUGGCAGCCCCGGCAGCGGCGCCUUCGGAAAGCCCCCGGGCGCGGGAUCCAGCUUUCAGCAGUACUCCCGACCAGCGGCGUCAAUGCCGCCCGGCUCCGCGGGCCCCGCCGGGCAGCACGACGCCCAGGCAUGGGGGCAGGACCCGUGGGCGCUGAUCCAGGCGCAGGCGCAGGGGCAGGCGCAGGCGCAGGCGCAGGCGCAGGCGCAAGCGCAGGCGCAGGCGCAAGCACAGGCGCAGCAGGUGUGCGUGGACAGAAAAGACGCGCCGGCGGCCAACCAGGGCUUCCUAGGCCAGAUCGACCCCGAGUGGCUCAACAUUGCCGCCGCGGCCGCCAACCAGCAGAUGGCCCAGGCGGUGAUGGCGGCCGCGGCGCUGGGGAGCCCCCUGGGCCAGGGGAACACCCCCCAGGCCGACUUCCAGGCCAUGGUGCAGGCGCAAGCGGCGCAGGCUGCCCAGUCGCAGCCGCAGGUGCCGGUGGACGCCAACGGGCACGCGCAGGGCGCCCAGGCGGCCGCCGCGCAGGCCGCGCUGCGGAUGCGCGCGGCGCAGCUGGCGCAGGCCGCCGUGGCGGGGUGGGGACAGCAGCAGGUGCCCUACUGGUCGGGGCUGUGGCCCUACGGCAGCUACGGGCUGGCAGCUGCUGCCGCCGCUUACCAAGCAAGGAUGGGAAUGGUGAAUGGUUGGAAUAUGCUGGGGAUGCCACAGAACGGAACGAGCAAUGGCAAUGCCGGCAACAACAUGGGCAGUUCCAAGGACCAUGGUGAGCACACAGCCCCUCCUCAGCUGCCCCUGCACCAGGGGGCAGCCAGCCCACUACCCCCAGCCCUGCAAGUCAACUGCGGAUUGAAUGGCAUGGGCCAGAUGCCUGGCGGUGGUGGCAACGAAAUGCCCGUUCCCGAUAUGUGCGAAGGCAUGAACAGGAUGGGCCUGAACUCGUGGAUGCAGGCAUGGGGUGCGAACAUGGCUACCAGUACUGCUCCUCCAGUGCUGGGAGGGUGGGAGAACCUGAUGGGCAUGGGGAGGAUGAACGAUCAAGGGAACACAGGAGCUGCAGCCCAGGCGGCCAUAUUCCAGGCCACUGUGCUGCCGCACCUGCAACAGGCUAUGAACACCGCCACCAAUGGUGGUAAUAUGAGCAUGAGUGGGAUGUCUGGGGUGAGCGGAAACAGCUCGAGAACACUGUUGGGGAAGAACACCAGGUCACAAGACUCAACCAUAUUCUGA